AUGGCAAUAUCUUUGACAACACUGUUAACACUUGUAACUAUAUUCCAACAGCUCCUCCAAAUUUCUGCUUCCGUCGACGAUGAGGGUGUGCAAUGUACUGGCUUGACAGCGGCUUUCAUGCGGCAGUCUUUGUACUGGGAGGAAGACGUCGUCUGUGGGCAGAAAGCGGGGCUCACCCCACCCGAGCCUAUUGGUGAAGACGCCACAACAACGCUCUACGUUGACGAUGAUGACGGCUGCGAUGGUAACGAAAUGGGUACAGUGUCCGACUGCAGAACCCCUACACGGUACAGGGAGUGGAUAACAACAGCGCCAGAAGAUGAGCUCUUCCGCGGGCAGCCCAGCGAGAAGCGCGGCUUGUGGGCCGGAGUGCCGCGUCGUCUCUCCGACUGGAAGGCCGUCGCCGAGUCUCCGGCACUGGCUGCAGCCGAGCGACAUCUGGCGGAUGCGUGCCACCUCGUGGAUCAUGCGGACCACCGGUACGCGGCGCUGGCGUCGAGAAUGCUCUUGUCUCUGCCGGCCGUCCGGGCAGCGCACGCGGCGUCGUGCAGCGCCUACGCUCUGUUCGCCGCAGACCUGCAGGCAGUCGAUGUCGGCGCCGACGCACACAGCGGUCUGCUCGCGACAAACGCCUCGCAAGCAGACGUCGACGCCUUCCUGGACACCAAGGCCGGCCUCUGGCUCGUCAUUCCACUGGAGUCUCCGGCGGAAUUUUACGUGGCAGCUGGAAGGCGCAGGCCACUGCAGGCACGAACGCUGAGGGCUGCCGUCGCCCACGCACCGCCCUUCGUCUUCAAGAGCCAGGACAAAUGGACAGGCGUGGAGGUGUUGCUGCUACAGACCAUGGCGCAGGCGCUCAGGGUCCCCCUGGAGUUCGUCGACGUCAGCGGCAGGAGCGGCUCGUCUGGGGACGCGGUGGUGUCGGCGGUGUCUUCUGGCGAGGCGCACGUGGGCGCCGCAGGGGUGUACCAGACGCCGGAGCGCCUGAGGGCCGCUGCCUUCACCACGCCGCACUCCGUAGACUGCGCCGUCUUCCUCUCGCUCGCCACAGCCGCCCUGCCCAGGUAUCGCGCCAUCCUGGGCCCCUUCGACUGGAGCGUGUGGCUGGCGCUCACAGUGAUCUACCUGCUGGCCAUCUUCCCACUGGCCUUCUCCAACACACACUCGCUGCGGCACCUGCUGGAGGACCCCUGGGAGCUGGAGAACAUGUUCUGGUACGUGUUCGGCACCUUCACCAACGCCUUCACCUUCACCGGCCGCCGCUGCUGGAGCAACUCAACCAAAACCGCCACCAGGAUGCUCAUUGGCUGGUACUGGGUGUUCAGCAUCAUCAUCACGGCGUGCUACACGGGCUCCAUCAUCGCCUUCGUGACGCUGCCAGUCUACCCCUCCCUGCUGGACACGUGCCAGCAGGCAGCCGACUGGCGGUUCACCGUCGGCACGCUGGGAGAGGGCGGCUGGGAGCGCUGGUUCCACAACUCGUCGGACGCGGCCAUGAACCGCGUGCUGGAGCGCGUCGAGCUGCUGCCCGACGUGCACUCGGCGCUGCUCAACGUCACCUCCAGCUGGCGUCGCUCCUACGCCUUCCUGGGGCCGAGGGCGCUGCUCGACUUCAUCAUCAGGACCAACUACAGCGUCAGAGUCCAAGGCAAGCGGUCUCUGCUGCACGUGGGCGAGGACUGCGUGGUGCCGUUCAGCGUGUCGCUGGCGCUGCCGCGGUCGGCGCCGUACGCCCCCGCGCUGGUGCAGCUGCUGCUGAGGGCGCAGCAGAGCGGCCUCGUCGCGCUCGCAGUCCGCGACGUCGAGUGGCAGCACGUGCGCUCCAGCUCCGGGCGCCUGCUCGCCGCGGUGACCGGCACUAUACUGAAGAGCCGCAGGGAUGAGGAACACAAGCUGUCGCUGGACGACGUGCAGGGGACGUUUCUGCUGCUGGGUGCGGGCUUCGCAAUGGGCGUGUUCGCGCUGGUGCUGGAGGGCGUGCACGCGUGCUGCCACCGGCUGCUCGGCAGCCACCGCAGCCCCCGACGCCCCCGCCCCCGCCCCCGCCCACGCUGCCCCACGUUGACGGUGACCAGCCCCCAGCCUGCCAGGAGCCUUUCUGCGGCCGACGCCUCGCCCUACUUGGCGUUCAGGAGGCGCGCUCCCGAGCUGCAGCGUCCGGGGCACCCGCUCAGAAUUGCCAAGGGCUGCCGGUCCGCGUAUCCGGACCUCUGCCGUCCCCCCGCUCCACCAGCAGCCAGUCCUCAGUAG